GGCGAUCGGGAGACGACGGCGCACGACGACAAACAGCUGCAACAAGACAUGGCUUCAAAGGGAAAGACACCGGUUACGUACAAAGGGAGUCCGUCAGGCGUUGGAGGUCCUACUGGGAGUGUUAAGCCUGAACGUACGCGGCGUUCUUGGACAAAGCGCGAAGAAGAGGUUCUGAUAAUUGCACUACAUGACAUUGUUGCAGGUGGGUGGGUGGAAGGCAGACAAUGGCUUCCGCCCUGGGCACUCGAAAAUGAUCUAUGGCGUGCUUAAACGCGAGAUCCCUAAUACCCAGUUGAAAGUGGCACCGCAUAUCAACUCGGAGAUCAGCACCUGGAAGCGAGAUUACCACUCGUUGUCACUAAUGCUUAACCGUAGCGGGAUCGGUUUCAACUCGGAGGCGGGCACAGAAUUGAGUGUAACGACGAACAAUGGUCACAAAUUGUGAAGGCCGACAACCAUGCCAAACACAUGCGCUACAAAUCAUGGCCUUACUAUGCAGAUUGGCAGCGUAUAUUCGGCAAGGAUCGAGCCGAUGGUGUCCGUGCAGAGGAAGUGUCUGAGGCCGAUGAAGUUCUUCACGCCCCCGACGCAUCGGUAGCUGAUGAAUCACAGCCCAAUCUGAGUCAAUACCAUCUGGACGACUUCUUCACUGAGGAGCAGAUCCAAGAGGGACUCCAUUACGAGGGGACCGGGUUUGCUACGCCUGUGGAGAGUGACACCAAAAGUGUACCCAGUCCAGGGGGUCCUAAGAAAGCAAGCCGUAAGCGCAAGCCCGAAGAAGUUAUGGAAUCGAUGUUGGAUGCAAUGACAAAGAUGAAUGACAACACUAACGAACGCCUUCAGAUACUGUCCACGCGCAUCGGAUACGACUUCGACUUGAGUGCUAAACGUGUUGAAGUCGCUAGCAUGCUGGACGGCAUCCCAGAAAUUACCAAGAAACAGAAGUUCAUGGCGUGCGACAUCCUUGUGAAGGAGCCCGAGCGUCUGGACCUAUUCACCGGCUUCUCCAUUGUUGACAAAGCCGACUACAUUCUCCACAUACUGGAGGAGAAACGGGCGAUGUAGUAGGCUGCAAGUGGUGGGUUAUGGCGAUGCUUUUUUGUGAUGCAAUUUCUUCUGUUUAAGCGUGUACGUCGGACGCUUAAUUAGUAGUAAUGUGGGAUGCAUAAGUAGUAGUAAUGUGGGGUUGUCCUAAGUUUUUGUGGCAUUCAUGCGUAAGUAAUAGUUAUGCCCCUGACUAUGUGGUACGUGGCAACUAAUGUAGUAUUAUCGUUGCCCUUGACUUUUGUAAAGUGAAUUUGCAUCGUUGUGUAGCCUUUAUUGGACCGAAUGAAUCUGA